UAAAUAAACCCAAAACCUUUGGAAGCCGACGAAACACAACAACUUGACUGCGAAAAUAUCAUGUGCGAGAGCCUCAAACAAAACUACCAACUCUGCGAAGAGCUCGGCCGCGGCCGAUUCGGCGUCGUCUACCGCUGUUUCUCCACGGCCGCCGACGAUUCCUUCGCCUGCAAAUCCAUCUACAAGCACUCUCUAUCCGACGAAACCGACCGCCGCUGCCUCGACGCCGAACCGAAGAUUCUGCACCUCCUAUCCGGCUGCCCUAACAUCCUCCGCCUCCACGACGUCUACGAGGACGACGACCACGUCCACCUCGUCACCGAUCUCUGCGACGGCGGCGAUCUGUUCGACCGCAUCUCCUCCGGCAAUCGCUUCUCGGAGCCCGACGCCGCCGCGAUUCUGAAGCAAUUGAUGGCGGCGAUCGCGUACUGCCACCGGAUGGGGGUUGCGCAUAGGGAUAUCAAGCCGGACAACAUCCUGUUCGACUCCAGAGGAAGGCUCAAGCUCGCCGAUUUCGGAUCGGCGGAGCUGUUCGAUGUUUCCGAGAUGAACGGGGUGGUUGGAACGCCGUACUACGUGGCGCCGGAGGUGCUGAUGGGGAGGGAUUACGAUGAGAAGGUGGAUGUGUGGAGCGCCGGCGUGAUUUUGUACAUAAUGCUCGCCGGCGUGCCGCCGUUCUACGGCGAUGGACCGGCGGAGACGUUUGAGGCGGUGCUGCGCGGUAAUUUGAGGUUUCCGUCUAAGAUUUUCCGCUCGGUGUCGCCGGAGGCCAAGGAUCUAUUGAGGAAGAUGAUCUGUAGAGAUGCUUCUAGAAGGCUCUCCGCAGAGCAAGUCCUCAGGCAUCCAUGGAUCAUAAACGGUGGAGAGAUGUCAUCCAUGGCGGAUUUAAGCUAAAUCGUUUCUCCUGUUGCUGGACUAAUAGAUAAGAUCUGAUCACCGAGCUGUACAUAAAGGCGGCGGCGGCUAGCCCUGCGGCGGUGGUCGGAGGGAGAGACAGAGGAAUAAUGUAUAAGUUCUACUGUAUGUUAUACGGCGUAGUAGAUGAAUCCUUCACCCUUUUUUGUAGAGGAAAAUGGCAGAGCCCUGUUUUGGAUCUGUGGCCUUGCAUCAUUUUCCUCUGUGGUGAUAGAUUUGAGAAAAAAUAUGGUAAAAUAUGAAUAAAGUUUGCAUCUAAAUCUGAUUUAGGUGUUGAGUAUCUUCUCUUUUCCAUGCCUUUUGUGUUGUUUUUUGUAAUAUGAGGUCUGAAGAAAUGAAGGAGAAACUUUGUUUGAUA